AUGUCUUCCAGGGCCAGGAUGAAUGCCAUGCAGCACCUGGUGGAGCAGCUCAAGCUGGAGGCCAACAUGGAGAAGAUCAAGGUCUUCCAGGCAGCUGCAGAGCUUCAAGAGUAUUGCAUGCAGAAUGUCUGCAGGGAUGCCCUGCUGGUAGGUAUUCCAGCUAGAAGCAACCGCUUCCAGAAGCCCAGAUUCUGUGCUUUACCCUAA